CGUGUUUUCGUUUUGGAUCUGGAUUCUUCCUGUUAUGAGAAGUGUGUCGCGCGGUCCUUAUCGCAGGGGAUUAGCAGGAAGCGUACUUUGAGCUCGAGUCCAGCCGAGGGCACAUCCAGACCAACCCGCUUCAAAUCCGCUCAUUCUGAGCUUUUUUCAUUUAUUUCCAAAACACGGGUAGCCCGAAUAUGGCUGAGGACAAUCUCACCGUGGUGCUGCACUCCCCAGGAGACCUCAGACUGGAAAACCGCCCAAUUCCUGAACCAGGACCAAAUGAGGUGCUUCUGAAGAUGCACUCUGUGGGGAUCUGCGGCUCUGAUGUGCACUACUGGCAGCAUGGACGCAUUGGUGACUACGUACUUGAGAAACCCAUGGUCUUGGGUCACGAGGCCUCUGGUCGGGUUGUCAAAGUGGGCUCAGAGGUUAAGCAUCUCCAACCAGGUGACAGAGUAGCUGUUGAGCCUGGGGUGCCUCGUGAGAUGGACGAGUUCUUCAAAAUGGGACGCUACAACCUGUCCCCCACGAUAUUCUUCUGUGCCUCACCACCAGAUGAUGGCAAUUUGUGCAGAUACUACAUCCACAAUGCCAACUUCUGCUACAAGCUUCCUGACAAUGUGACGUUUGAGGAAGGAGCACUUGUUGAACCACUUUCUGUGGGCGUCCAUGCCUGCCGAAGGGCUGGAGUGACUCUGGGCAGCACUGUGCUCAUCUGUGGGGCAGGGCCAAUCGGCCUUGUUUGUCUGCUCGUAGCCAAGGCAAUGGGAGCCUCACAGGUAGUCAUAACUGAUCUGAUGGAGUCCCGGUUGGCAAAGGCCAAAGAGCUAGGUGCCGACUUCUUUCUAGUAGUGAAGAAGGAGGAUGCGCCCACCAACCUGGCCAAAAGUGUGGAGAAGCUGUUGGGGAGCCAACCUCAAAUUUCCAUUGAAUGCACUGGCAUAGAGAGCAGCAUCCAGACAGCUGUUUACGCAACCCGCUCGGCUGGAGUUGUGGUUCUUGUGGGCAUGGCCUCAGACAUGGUGUCCAUUCCACUCAUCACUACUCUUGCGAAAGAGCUGGACAUUAAAGGAGUCUUUCGAUACUGCAACACGUGGCCAGUAGCCAUUGCAAUGCUGGCCUCCGAGAAGGUGAAUGUGAAGCCACUGGUGACACAUAGAUUUCCCCUGGAGAAGGCUAUACAGGCCUUUGAGACCAGCCGCCAGGGCUUGGGCAUUAAGGUCAUGCUGAAGUGUGACAAGAAUGACCAGAACCCAUGAGGAGAAGCUGGUCCUGAAAGGUGUCACAACCAGAAAUAAUCUUUCUCUCACAGUACCUGCCUGGAGAGUUCUCAGAUUCUAACCUCCAUACCUCUCCAAAUUCUGCUUACGUAUUAAAAAAAGUAAUGCAUAAAAAUCAUUUGUAUGAAAACAAAGUCUUUCAGACUGGAGAAAUUUCACUUUACCAAGUAUGAUUUUAAGUGUCCGAUUUUGUAGUGAUUCUUAAACCUCCACCUGGGAAUCUCCACCAGCACACCGGCUCAAGCUAAUCAUGUACCUAUGUUCAGUGGAAUGAGGUGUUCUUGGGCUGGGAUUGAAGUAAUACAUGGAAUGGCUGGAUGUUCCUAAGGAGGUUGGGGAACAAAUUCACUUGCUAUAUUAAUGCAAUUUAGAGCUAAGUUUUCCCAGAGAAAGCAUGAAAGUAUUAUUACAGACUGCAAAAAAUCUGAAAAAAUAAAGAGAAAUUGUAACAAUA